AUGGCUCCAAGCGUUGGGAUCGCUUCAGGAAAGACCAUGGAGGUCAUCAUUAUAGGCGGUUCAAUCAGCGGACUGAUGCACGGGAUAAUGCUCAGAUCUCUCGGCCACAACGUACGCAUAUUGGAGCAACAAGACUCCAAUCGUGCCGAUUAUGGAGCAGGCAUGGGGACGGGCCCUCAAGGCAAAAAGUUCUUGCAAGAGUACGAUCGCACAGACGCUCAACUUGCUUAUGACUGUCCUGGAUUUAAAUUCCUGGGCCCGAAUAAUGAGACGCGAGCGCUCGCGCCAUCGCCAAUGUAUUUGACAAGCUGGACGGCGCUUUACUAUCGUCUGCGAGGAAUCUUUGACGGCCUCUCGAGCCCGUUUUGCACACAGCCCGCGGCUGCCCCUAAUGGUUCUGGAACGUCCACGUUUGAUACUCUCAAGAAGGUGGUUGGCGUGAAGCCUUCUUCACAAGAUCACUUGAGAGUGGAGAUUCAAGACAUGGCUGAUCCCGCUAAAGCGACCUAUUCUCUCGAUGCCGAUCUGGUCAUUGAUGCAAGUGGUCCAUAUUCAGUAGUCCGAGCAUCAGUCGUUCCCAGCGCAUCAAAACCGCGUUAUGCUGGGUUUGUGGCAUGGAGAGGAACCGUACCAGAUACCAAAGUAACAGAAGAGACCAGCAAACUGUUCGAUACACGUUUCAACAUCUUUCCAAUGCCAGGAGGGAACUACUGCAUCGGCUAUGCAGUGCCCGGCAAGAAUGGUUCGCUCGAGCCAGGGGAACGGCUGCUCAAUUGGAUCUGGUAUACUACCGUGGCCAGCAAAAGCGAGCUCGAUGCCAUAUUGACGGAUAGGGAUGGUCACACGCACUCCAAUUCCAUUCCUCGGGGUAAACUCAACAUGGCCGUAUGGGACAAACGUCGAGACUCCAUCCGACCAUCACUCAACAAAGCUUUCAUGGAGCUGAUGGAUGUAACCGAGGAGCCCUUCGUAUCCACGAUCCGCGAGAGUUUUGUUGGGCGGAGGUCAUUCCACAACGGACGCCUUUUGCUGGUAGGCGAUGGAGCAAACCUCAUGCCGCCCAAUGCUGGACAGGCUACCAAUAACGCGGCAACAUCGUGUCUUGAAUUACGAGACGUGCUGCAUGGUAAAACAACUCUAUCGGAGUGGGAGGUUUCGGUGGCAGAUCAAGGCUGGCAGAUGCGCCUCUUCUCUAAUGUGAUUGCGGCCCGCUUCUUGCACGGUGAUUUCUGGGCGAGGGUGGCUUCUUGGCGAUUGAGUCUGUUUUUGAGAUGGUUGGGGUUGAAGCGUGCUGUUAGGCGCGUGUUUAAGCUGUAG